CCGGUUUCUCUUCCUCCACAUCCUGGCCCAUUCCAAAACUGCCGGGCAUUUCGUCUACAGCACGAAAAGUUCGGCCCCACUUUUUCCACUGACGAGGAUCAGAUUUCUACGUCUUACGUCAAUUCCGUGGCGUAUUUUCCCUCGAUCCGGCGCCCUUCUUUCUCCCAGGCCGUACAACUUGUUCCCGCAGAUUGAGGACAGCCCACGCGCGUCUAUCUCUGAACCAAGACUUGGUUACUAGCACACGAGAUAUCACUGUCCCCCGAAGACCAGUUGGUUAGCCAUUACAUGCCUCAAGCACCCUCCCCGCCCAUCCCCAUUGACCCCACUCUGUCGCUCUACCCUUCAUACUACCUACCCCCGUACGGAUCCCAGCCGCCCCCACAGCCCCCGCACCAUCCGCAUAUUCCGCCUCAUCACUUGUCGCUGCCUCAGAACUACUCGUCUCCAUCGUCACAGGGUUCGGACACCAUCGGCACACCCCCGAUGUACUCCUCGUCAGCGAAUGGGAAUGGGAAACGCCCGGCGUCUUCAAUGUCGCAAUCCAACAUUAAGAAGGCGAGGAAUUAUGAUGACGACGAUGAACCUUUGAGUCCCUCGGCGGAGAAGGACGAGGGGAAACCCAAACCCACACGAGGGUCCAGGUAAUGUGUGGGGCGUCUGUGAUGUAUGGCGGCACUGACCGCGUUCGCAGGGCAUGCACCGUCUGCCGGCG